UACUUAUUAGCUUCGCUUGAUAGAAUUUAGCUGUGAAAAAGUAAAUUGAUAAUAUUCGCCAAUUAUGGAUGACGUUGCAACACUAAAAAGUGAAAACGCCACGCUACGUAAAAUUCAAUCCCGUCUACUUCAGUGGGAGCAAAAGGACAAUGCACUAGCUCCACUGAGUGCUGCUCAGAAUGAAUUUAUUAAUCAGCUUGCGGAGUCCCUUGGGGCCGGCAGUAUUUCGGUAUGUAUGUUUGCAGAACUCAAAAUCCCCACUUUACUGAUAGCUACUGUCCUUUUUCAGAAAGGGCCGACUGAACCGGUAGAUGUGUCGUUCGAAGUUAAAACCUCACUGGAUGAGUUUAAGCAAUCCGGUAGUGCUAUCGAUUCCACGCAGGAUUUCCUUUCCUGGUACAACUCGGUUGAUUCGGAAAUUUUGGAGCACUUUGAUGACGUUUACUUGGAUUACUAUCAGCAACUUAAGACACGUUCCGGUGAAUGUGACAAUUUACUGCAAGAAAUCGAUGUUUCAUUGGACGCUCUGAAUAAACUUACCAGUGAGUAUCAAUUUGUGUCGGAAAGAACUUCUUCGCUGCACCAAGCUAGUGAGAAUUUGCUGCAAGAUCAGACAAAGUUGAACGAAAUCGGCGAAGAUAUUCGGAAAAGAUUGAAGUAUUUUUCUCAAGCGGAAAGUAUUGCCCAGCGAUUGCAGAAUCCAACGUUUUCCGUUUCGAACGAUACCUUCGUGGACAUUCUGAACUCGAUCGAUGAGUGCUUGGAGUACAUGCGCAUGAAUCCCGGUUUCAGUGAAGCCUCUGCCUAUGCAAUGAAGUAUCGAAACUGCCUGUCCAAGGCCACGCAAAUGAUGAAGAACUAUGUAAAUAACAUUCUUACCAAUGCGACGGCACAGAUUAUGGGCCCGCGUGGGGGAAUGACAGUUACCCCGAAGGAAACGGAAGAGCAAGCACUGGAGGCCGCAUUCGCUCUUUUCUACGGAAAGUUUCAGGCUUCGGCACCGAAGGUCAAACGAAUCACCGCCACCAUCGAGGAGCGCUUGGAACGGAGUCCCGAGUAUGUCCAGCUGCUUGGCACCUUGCAUCAGCACUUUCUUUUGCAGAGAGCGAUGAUUAUGAGUUCCGGAGUUGAACUAGCAAUUCGGGAUCUCAGCAAAAAACACAAAGGCGAUCACUGUGCACUGGUUCGAUCUGCUUGUGCUUUUAUGGUGCAUGUAUGCCAAGAUGAACAUCGGUUGUUUUAUCAGUUUUUUAGUAAUUCGAGUCCGCAGCUAACGGCUUACAUGGAAGGACUGUGUACUAUCCUGUAUGACAUUCUGAGGCCUUUCAUUAUACGAAUCGAUCAUCUGGAAACGUUAGCAGAAAUUUGUAGUAUCCUUCGCGUUGAAAUGCUGGACGAACACGUCAGCUAUAACCCCGAAGCCUUGGAGGCAUUUUCCAAAAUAGUUUACCAGCUGCUUCAAGAUGUCCAGGAACGGAUUGGUUUCCGCGCUCAAAGCUACUUGGAGUCUGAUAUACUGAACUAUCGACCAUCCGCCGGUGAUCUUGCCUACCCGGAAAAGCUAGAAAUGAUGGAAAGUAUUGCGCUGUCUCUACAGGAGAAUUAUUUGCGACGAGCGGACUCUCGCAGUUCAAUCGUUUCGAUCGCUUCACUGGCAUCGCAGGAAGUGGAAAGCAUUAAUCAGCAGGCUGAACAAGCGGCAAAGGCUCGGGCUGGCAAUUCACCGGCUGAUUUGCACGGCAUGUGGUAUCCGACGGUACGUCGUACGUUGGUGUGCCUGUCACGACUAUAUCGUUGCAUUGACCGCAGCAUUUUUCAAAGUCUAUCCCAACAAGCGCUGGCAUACUGCAUUCAGAGCGUGUCCAGUGCCGCAGGGCAAAUAUCCCAAAAGAAGACCAGCAUUGACGGGGAGUUGUUUGAGAUCAAACAUUUACUCAUCUUGAGAGAACAAAUUGCACCGUUUCGUGUUGAUUUUACUGUAAAGGAGACAAGCUUGGAUUUUAGUAAAGUAAAAACGGCUGCUUUUGAGCUAUUGCAGAAAAGAAAACAGCUAUUUGCGCUUGGGUCCAACAAUGCUCUGUUGGAGUUUCUACUGGAUGGAACUCCUCAGGUUAAAGAACAGCUACUAGAUUCACGAAAAGAUGUCGAUCGCCAGCUGAAAAGCAUUUGCGAACUGUUCAUCAAAGAUGCUACCAGGCUGUUGGUGGGUCCAAUAUUGAAUUUCGUUGAAACAGCACAGAGCCACUUGAAGCAGACUGCGAGUUCCACCCAACCACAACAGCAGCAGCAACAGCAACAGCAACAACAAGGCAUGGCUCUUCGGAUGGCAACGUUCGCUGCUCCCCAGCAAAUCAGUUCUAUCAUCCAGGAAAGUAUCCGAAAUAUCAAAACUAAACUUGGUGCGCUUCAACGUUCGAUGCAGCUGUAUCUUUCCAACAAAGAUACGGAAUUUAUAUUGUUCAGACCGAUCCGGAACAAUAUUAUCGGCUCGUUUGUCAAGUUGGAACAGCUGCUGGUGACAAACGCUUACAGCAAAGAUGAUCUGACGAUCGUCAGUUGUCCCUCGGCGGAGCAGAUAUCGGUACUACUUUCAAGCGUAAAUUUGAGUGGUCUUGGCGAGAAUGCUACGAGACCAUUCGAAUCCAGCGCUCAGCGAAAGGUUAGUUCUUCGUCGCAUAGCAGUGCGGGUGGCGGAAGUAGCGGUGGUUCAAAGCCACCGAUUGAGAAGAAAGUUAGCUUCGAUAGUGAAGCCAAUACGAUGGUGCAAAUCGAUGCUCGCUCGGAGGAAAGUGAGAACAGCGAGGUAACUGUAGUUGCAGCCCCCGAUAGUAGCCCGUAAUUGGUUGGUAGGUUCCGACGGUUUAAAAUAUAACAAUCAAUA